AAACAUACGAAAAAAAGAGUUUGCAGGGGUCUUUCGACAAUUGAAAUCACACAUACAUAACAAUAUAAAUUGGGCCAGGUUUGUUUUGAAUUUGAGAAGUAUUAAAGUUAUGGAAAAUUUAUUGGAAUUAUGUUCUGGGAGGUACUGUGGACGUAUUAAGAACGAAUCUAGCGGUUGGAGCGACUGCACUGCUUGUCCAGUUGGUUACAGAUCUGAUGAUUUGAAACUUUGUCAGAAAUGUGUGGAUUCACCAGACUUAUAUGAAUGGAUGUAUCUUGGGUUCAUGGCAAUGUUACCUCUUACAUUGAACUGGCUGUGUAUUCUAAUAUACAACCACAAAUGGAGUUCUCCAGCUGUUAUCAUCCAAAUGGUUUCUUCCUUUUUCGAAAGUUUCACUGCAGCAAUACUUUCCUUGUUAAUAUACGAACCAAGAGGCUCGCUAACUCUUCUAUCGUGUAAAGUGGUUCAAAUAUCUGACUGGUACACUGUCUUCUUCAACCCAACUAUUAAAUACACAACAACUGUCUUCUGUGCACAGGAAGCAGUAUAUCCAUUAUAUUCAAUAGUGUUUCUAUGUUAUUUAUUCUCGUUGGCGAUGUUGGUUCUGCUUCGUCCGAUCGCAUACUCGCUGUUACCUAAACCAUCACGGAACAAAUUGUUCACAAAAACUUUGUACGCGACACUUUACUUUCACCCUAUACUGGUUGCAGUGCAUGCUGUGUGUGCUGGUCUUCUGUAUUAUUCUUACCCAUAUUUAACAAUGUUCACAACAGUGCUGGCAACAGUGACAUAUUAUGUCAAAUGUGAUGCAAUGACGCUCAAGAAAAUCCUUGAUAAAGAUUUGAGCAAGCAUAUCUUCGCAAUGGUUUGGCAUCUCCUUACAUUGUGUGCUGCUGCCGUCUCCAUCAUUAUCAGUACAUAUACAUUUCUGACUUGGAAAAACCUACUUUUUCUCCUUUGCACUCCGUUCCCAAUGAUAUUUUUCCUUCUCACUGAGAGAUUCUCGGAUCCAACCAACAUAGCCCAAGAAAUGGACAUGAUGAAUCGUAACACCGUGUAAACGUAAACCACAUGACACUUCAUUUCAAACUUAUAAUAAAACAAAAAACAAAUGAUUUGGA